CGUUGGUGGGCGUGGCUUCAUCUUCUGGGCUGCCUCUAUUCUGUCGAUCCAGGGGAACCCAGCCCCGAUUGCAGUGUGACGUUGCUGGCGCUGAGUUCGGAUCCCGCGAUGUCGGAGGCUGAACUGGGAGCGAUGCUGGACAGAAUCUAUGGGGCCAUGGUGCUGGUGGUGGGAGCGGAGGAGCUGAGCCAACAACACGGACCAGAGAGACUGAAAAGGGAACUGAGGCGCUGCUUCCCGCUGCUGGACGCUCUGAUUGGUGGAGACGUCACCUUGUCCCGCCCACUUCCGGCCACGCCCAGACCGGAAAUGGAGGUCCUCCUGCAGUCUCUAUGCUCCGCUGCUCGUUCCGGUCCCAGCUGCAUCCGGGUCCUUGGGGUCGGGGGUCCCCCGUUGGUCUCCACACCCCAAUGGCGGGCUCUGCCCCACACGGACGCCGCCAUCUUGGUUUCUCUCCUCACUUCCGGUUCCGCUCACUCGGCCAAGGAUCUGCCGGUUUUCUUGCCCACCGGAAGUCCCGCGGUUCCUCUCCGUCUGUUGCUGUUGCCAUUACUUGGGGGGCUUUGGCUGCUGAUGCUCUGCGGCCCCCAACCAUCCCUACAGUGUGCAGCCACACAGCUCGUGCCCCACUUUUUAGGUCCCGCUGUGGAUCAAUUGAGGAGCUGGGCCAGACCCACAACUGCUCCACUGCCCCACAGCGUCAUGGCAUAUCUCCUCAUCGACCGCCUUCACUGCACGACCCAUAGCGGCCUGGGCCCGGGGGGGUCCAAAAAUUCAGCUCUGCCCCCUCGGCGCUAUGGGGCGGCCCUAUGGAGGAUGAAGGAGCUGCUGGUGGAGCGGUAUUGCCCCGAAGGAGGGGGGGGUGAAGCCCCAUGGCCCAACAUCGGGAUCCCUGGUCGUCCCUGGUGGCAGCAGCCGACUCGUACCGGGCAUCAACGGGGUCGGACAUCGUCCUAUUAACGUCUAUAGGGUCGGCUCCACCCUAUAGAUACACCCACCACGGCCCCGGACCUUUAGGGACAGCAGCCAGGCUUUAUAUAGGGCACAUUAUGGCGGCCCAUAAGGCUUUAAUGGGGUCUUGUAAUCCUAUAGGGAAUAGGAAGGUGUCAAGGACCCUAAAGAGCCCUGACCCUAUUAGUAACCCCAUAGAGAGCCUAUGGGAGCCUAUAGGAGGGGGGUCUGGCCCUAUAGAUAGGGGGUCUGGCCCUAUAGAUGGGGGGUCUGGCCCUAUAGAUGGGUCUGGCCCUAUAGAUAUGGGGUCUGGCCCUAUAGAUAGAUCUGAGCCCCCCAACCCUAUUAAUAACCCCAUAGAGAGUAACCCCAUAGAGAGCCUAUGUGAGCCUAUAGGAGGGGGGUCUGGCCCUAUAGAUAGGGGGUCUGGCCCUAUAGAUGGGUCUGAGCCCCCCAACCCUAUUAGUAACCCCAUAGGGACCCUAUAUGAGCCUAUAGGAGGGGGGUCUGGCCCUAUAGAUAUGGGGUCUGGCCCUAUAGAUAGAUCUGAGCCCCCCAACCCUAUUAACAGGACUCCCAACCCUAUUAGUAACCCCAUAGAGAGCCUAUGUGAGCCUAUAGAUGGGGGGUCUGGCCCUAUAGAUAGGGGGUCUGGCCCUAUAGAUGGGUCUGGCCCUAUAGGAGGGGGGUCUGGCCCUAUAGAUGGGGGGUCUGGCCCUAUAGAUGGGUCUGGCCCUAUAGGAGGGGGGUCUGGCCCUAUAGGUAGAUCUGAGCCCCCCAACCCUAUUAGUAACCCCAUAGAGACCCUAUAUGAGCCUAUAGAGGGGGGGUCUGGCCCUAUAGAUGGGUCUGGCCCUAUAGAUGGGUCUGGCCCUAUAGAUAUGGGGUCUGGCCCUAUAGAUAUGGGGUCUGACCCUAUAGAUGGGGG